GCUUUGCGUCACUUCUGGCGGGCGCGCGGCGCCCUGUCGUCACUUCCGGCGGGGCGCUGGGCCGAGCUGCACGGGCGCGCCUGGGGCCGCCGCCUCCCGCCGCACCCACCGCGCUCACAGCACCGACAGAGCCCGCAGCGCCGGCCGCGUGGCGCAGGAUCAUGGAUUUCCCAGGACACUUCGAGCAGAUAUUUCAGCAGCUCAACUAUCAGAGGCUUCAUGGCCAGCUCUGCGACUGUGUCAUUGUAGUGGGAAACAGGCAUUUCAAAGCACAUCGCUCUGUCCUGGCAGCAUGUAGCACGCACUUCCGUGCUCUGUUUACUGUAGCAGAAGGAGAUCAAACUAUGAAUAUGAUUCAGCUGGACAGCGAAGUGGUGACAGCAGAAGCCUUUGCUGCGCUGAUAGAUAUGAUGUAUACUUCCACACUAAUGCUUGGGGAGAGCAACGUCAUGGAUGUCUUGCUGGCUGCUUCUCACUUACAUUUGAACUCUGUUGUUAAAGCGUGCAAACACUACCUUACUACUAGGACGCUGCCGAUGUCUCCACCAAAUGAUCGAGUUCAGGAGCAGAAUGCCCGCAUGCAGAGGUCUUUCAUGCUGCAGCAGCUUGGGUUGAGCAUCGUGAGCUCUGCCUUAAAUUCCACUCAGAGCACAGAGGAACAAGCAAAUACCAUGAGUUCUUCAAUGAGAAGUAACAUCGAGCAGCGCACUACAUUUCCUAUCCGCCGUCUCCACAAACGUAAACAGUCUUCAGAGGAUCGGGCCAGGCAGCGCAUCAGACCUGCCAUGGAUGAGUCUGUUUCCGAUGUGACUGCAGAGAGCGGGCAGUCAGUAGUUCAUUCACGGGAAGACUUCUUCUCGCCAGAUUCACUGAAGAUUGUGGACAACUCUAAGGCCGAUGCUGUUGCUGAUAACCAGGAGGACAAUACUAUUAUGUUUGAUCAGUCUUUCAGUGCUCAGGAAGACGCUCAAGUGCCCAGCCAGUCCGAUAACAGUGGAGGAAACAUUUCACAGAUGUCUAUGGCAUCCCAGGCAACACAGGUGGAAACCAGCUUUGACCAGGAAGCUGCUUCUGAGAAGACCACCUUCCCAUGUGAGAAUCCAGAGGUCAGUCUGAAUGAAAAAGAGCACAUGAGGGUUGUGGUGAAGUCUGAGCCCCUGAGUUCCCCAGAGCCUCAGGACGAGGUAAGCGAUGUCACUUCCCAGGCAGAGGGCAGCGAGUCCGUUGAGGUGGAAGGAGGAGUGGUGAGUGCAGAAAAAAUAGAACUGAGUCCUGAGAGCAGUGAUCGUAGCUUUUCUGACCCACAGUCCAGUACUGACAGGGUGGGAGACAUCCAUAUUAUGGAGGUGUCAAAUAACCUGGAGCACAAGUCUUCUUUCAGCAUCUCAAAUUUUCUGAACAAAAGCAGGGGUGGUGGCUUCAGUGCUAGUCAGAACAGUGACGACAACAUUCCAAACACUACCAGUGACUGCAGAAUGGACAGUGACACCUCUUACCUGAUGAGCCCAGAGUCGGGGCCUGCUGGUGGCCAUUCUUCUGCCACAGUCUCUCAUGUUGAGAAUCCAUUCAGUGAGCCUGCAGACUCUCAUUUGGUGAGACCGAUGCAGGACGUGAUGAGUCUCCCUUGUGUGCAGACUUCUGGAUACCGGGCAGCAGAACAGUUUGGCAUGGAUUUUCCACGGUCAGGCUUUGGCUUGCACUCUCUGUCAAGGUCAAUGAUGGGCUCAGUAAGAGGUGGAGCCAGCGGCUUUCCCGGCUACCGCCGCAUAGCUCCCAAAAUGCCUGUGGUAACCUCUGUCAGGAGCUCCCAGCUGCAGGAUAACUCAUCCAGUUCCCAGCUGAUCAUGAAUGGGAGCACUUCUUUUGAAAAUGGGCAUCCAUCACAACCAGGUCCACCGCAGCUGACCAGGGCAUCGGCAGAUGUCCUGUCAAAAUGCAAGAAGGCCUUAUCCGAGCACAACGUCUUGGUUGUGGAAGGCGCACGCAAAUAUGCGUGCAAGAUCUGCUGCAAGACGUUCUUGACCUUGACAGACUGCAAGAAGCACAUCCGUGUGCACACCGGGGAAAAGCCUUAUGCCUGCCUGAAAUGUGGCAAGCGAUUCAGCCAGUCCAGCCACCUUUACAAACACUCCAAGACCACUUGCCUGAGGUGGCAGAGCAGCAACCUGCCUAGCACUUUGCUUUAACUUUUCCCCACCCUGGGUCUGGGGAGACGCUGGGGCAGAACUCUGGGACCUGAAGGACUUGCAGGAACUUGAGUUUCCUUCGAGGCUGCAGGCUCAGAGGCCGCUCCUGGUCAAUGGACACUUCUGUGUGAUUGUACCACACACACAAAACUAGUGGUUCUGCGAAUUGGGGAUAUUACUGUACCUACCUCACAGGGGUGUUGUGAGGCUCAAACAGCUGUAAGCAAAGGACUCUGCACCUGUGGGCGUCGUGCUGUGGGUGUGUGAAGCGUACUAUGAUGUACGUUCAGGCCGUGGGCCUAUGGGGAUGCAAUCCCUGCAGCUUGGCGGCUCCUUUGCAGGGCAGAGGGUUGAGAGUGAAAUUAUCUCAUGAAGUAGCACGUUUCAACAGUGAGAAGAGUGCAACUUUCCUCUUUUUGUUUUUCCUUAAGUAUUUUGUAAAAGUGAAAGCAUUUAAACAAAUGACUGGUAAAACAAGCUGCGGCAUUAUGUACGGGCAGCAAGGCAAGAGCAUUACUGUAGCAGGCAUAGACAGUGUGUAUGUAAGAGAGAAAAUUGCCCGACAUGAUGCUUUAAAGUAUACUAAUUAUUAAAAUAGUUCUAGGGUUAUGAAUGUAUGUUUGGCUGUUUUGUAGUAAAGGACACUGUGUAAUGAAGGUGCUUAAAUCCCAGGCAAGUAACUUUUGGACUGCCAGAUGUGUAUAUACACCUUGAAUAUAGCAGGAUCUGGAUGUGCGACCGAUUUCUUUUUUUUUUUUUUCUGUAGAAACCUGUAUUAAGUGAUAAGUGAAAUACUGUUUCUUGUUUGUGCUACUCUUAGCAGUAUUUUAACCAAUUUGUAUCUCCUCUGUUAAAAUCCUAUAUACACAAAGGUCUGAAAAGAGCUUGUCUUUGUCUGCUUUGUUAUUUUCAAAAAGAGAGAUAAUUUGUGAUGGCUUUUUUUACUGUGCAAGAUAGCCUCUUGCCCAUAUCCAGAUGCCGAUAGUCAACCUGAUCCCCAUUAUUGCACAAGCAAUAAUUGUCCCUUCUGACAUUCUUAAGGCUUUAAUUUCCUCCUCUAUACACUAAUUUACUUUCCUUCACAACUAGUGAUUGUUCCUCAGGUCAAACCAGUCAGGAAUGAUCCUCACUUGCCAUAUUUAUUUACGUCUCUCCAUAAAAUGUAGUUGCUGAAUCCAGUCCUUACGCUUUAAGUAGUGUCAUAAGUGUACUUUUCCACAUAAAUCAAAAAAAUAUAGCAAAAAUGUGAUUUAAACCAGUAGCACUAUACACUUUGGAUAGCAGAAGUUCAGUGAUUGUUGUUCUUCUAGGGAACCAUGUAAAUCUUAAUUUUAAUUCCCUCCUCUUUGAUACCAUUGCAGCUAAUGCUGUCUGCAGGCUCUUUUUCUCUUGUUGGGGAUGCAUGUAAAAUAAGUACUGGUGUUCAGUGUAUUAGGUUUCUCAAUAAAACUCUGGAGCACUUCUGCUGUAGGUGUUGCUGUGCCGUACCGGAGCCUGUCCACUCUGCUCAGGAGAGAGACAGCAUUCAUAUUUCCUGGUAUCCAAGCCAUUCGGCAACGGCUUUAUGGUAAUGUAAUACAGAUCUGCAAGCCUUCUCCACUUUACUCUGUUUCAUAGCAGAUGUGUCCUGUGCAGGGAUAUUUGGCAGCUGUGUGGAAUCUGUGCUGCCCAGUAGUCGGCUUUCUUGAACACCUGGGGCUUGUGUUGGGAUGAGCCAAAAAUGAAAGCCUAAUCCACUGCCCUGCAGGUUUUUUCGUGGGGUGAACUGUCAAACCUAUGGCAGCACAGAAACCAGCUGUGACAGUCCAAGGGAAACAUGGAAAUAUUUCUGUCCUUGGCUUCAUGUGAUACAGUAGCUGCUAAUGAAGAAAUGUGUCUUCAUCUCUAAUUAUGCCUCUUCACAAGACGAGGGAAAAAGCCAGAUGUCUGCCAAUGCAUCAUUUGCACCUGGAGCAUCUGAGGUGAACAAGAACACAGGAACACGGGGAAUGAUUGGAUUGCUUCCUUUGAAAUGUUAAAAUUUUGUUAAAGGGUUUAUUUAACAGUCAUAUUUCUGGUUCUUUAUUUUAUAAACAAUACAAAAAUGUGUUGCAUUUUUUUAAAGCAUUAGGAUGUGCCACAUUUUGUUUGAUAAUAAUUUUGAUAUUGGGGACUAACAGCAUUGAGCUAAAAUAAGCAAUCUCACUGAAACAUCAAUAAAAUGCAGUAUUUUUUACUUUAA